AGAAAAUGGAUAAAUUGUAAUAAUUAAUACAUUAACUUUUCUCUCUUCUGGAUGUGAAUUUCUUCCUCUCAAGGGAAUUUAACAAAAUAUUUACAACCCAUGAUAAUGUAGAACAAAUGGCUUAAGACAAAUAGUACAAAGAAUUAGCAACUAAAUUGAUUGAAUUCAUUUUGUCUAUUCAUAAAUCCAAUUAACAAUCAGUAUUAUAGGAGAAAAUUGCUCAAACCCAUAAAUUACUUAACAACUAUCAAUCUCAAGUGAUACUUUAAUAACAGAAGGAAAUACCACAAUUGAACAAUUAGACAUAAAAAUAACACACAACCGAGAGUUUCAAGAGCAAUUCCAUAACUCCAAGGGACCAACAAGCAAAUAAUAGAAGAACUUCAAAAAAUUAAUCAUUAACUGAUAAACGAUAAUUUUAAUAACAAAUUACCAGUUUAAAAACUCAGAAGGGAAUGCAAAAUAGUGAUUCGUAAUAAAGGUUAUUUGUUGAGCAUAUACCCAAAAUGGGAAGAUCUUUAGUUAAAGAUGAUUAAUAACGAAAUUUUAACAUCAUAACAGGAGUUUGA